GAAGCACUUCUUUUUUUGUUCCUUCCCCUUUUCAUGCAUGUGUCAUGCAGAUCAUGAGACCGCUGUUUGCAUUUCCCUGCAGUCCAGACCGCAAAGCCCAAACCAAAAUCCAGUUGUUAAAUAGUUCUGCUCUUUGAGAUUCCUGUUGCCUCAACUUUAAAAGCAGGGAUGAGUUCCUUUCAUCCUGAAGUGCUGCUUUUCUUAAAACUGAUCAGCCUUGUUUCAGGGCUGCAGUUCGCGCCAUCACCUUUCUCACAGGUGCCUUUCCUCACAGUGUGGAACGCCCCUACCGCCAGCUGCCUCUCUGAAUAUGGCGUUGACCUCGACCUGGGCAUAUUCAGCAUCGUCCAGAACCAAAACCAAACUUUUAUGGGUGACAACAUAACCAUCUUUUAUGCUGAAAAGCUCGGUCUGUAUCCCAGGUACUCCAGCCAAAGAGAGGCUAUUAAUGGCGGGGUGCCACAGAACGCCAGUCUUGAUGAACACCUCAGAGUGGCCUCCGACAAUAUACGCACCUGUAUCCCUGACAGGGAUUUCCAGGGCCUGGCUGUGGUGGACUGGGAAAGCUGGAGACCUGUAUGGGAGAGAAACUGGGACAGUAAGCAGGUGUACUGGGAAGGGUCAAAAGCCCUGGUGAGGUCCAGACAUCCAGACUGGAGCCCUGCGCAGGUAGAUGCUGCAGCGCGUCUGGAGUUUGAGAAGGCUGGGAGGAAAUUCAUGGAGGAGACACUGAAACUGGGGCGGGAGGAACGACCGAAUGGGCUGUGGGGUUACUAUGGUUUCCCUAACUGCUACAACUACUACAGCGACAAAAGCGCAAACUACACAGGGGAGUGUCCAGCUGCAGAGAAGAAGAGAAACAACGAGCUGUUGUGGUUGUGGAACGUCUCCUCUGCUCUUUAUCCUGACAUUUACCUCAGCCUCAACCUGCGAGACCUCGGCAGAGAGGUGCUCCUCUACAGUCACCACCGCAUCCUGGAGGCCAUGAGAGCAGGAGCUCAGGUGACUCCAUCAACACCCCCCGUGUUCCCGUACGCUCGCAUCGUCUACACGUACACGUUAGAUUUCCUCUCUCAGGAGCACCUGGUCUACACCAUCGGAGAGAGUGCUGCUUUAGGAUCUGCAGGGGUAGUGCUUUGGGGUGACCAUGCCUUCUCCAAAUCUAAGGCCACUUGUGAUGCUGUUAAAUCCUACAUCGAUGAGAUUCUGGGCUUUUAUCUGGUGAACGUAACGUCAGCGGCCACCCUUUGCAGCCAGACCUUGUGUUCCUCUCAGGGAAGAUGCCAGAGGAAGAACCUGAACUCGAGGGCCUACCUCCACCUCGACCCGGCCACGUGGACGGUGGUGUCCGAGAGGAAACCAGAGGGGGGGAAGAACUACAGAGUGUUGGGACAGUUGAGAACACAUGAGGUGACACUCAUGAAGUCUGAGUUUCAGUGCAAGUGUUACCAAGGGUGGGGAGGUAAGAGCUGCUCCAAACCGAUUCCCAGAUAAAAUACUUUUCUUGAGGGAGGUAAUCCAAUGAUGGCAUGGGUCUAAUCAACAGUGAUAAAGUGUGUAAAGUGUGUGAAGAUGAACCCCUCCAGAGGCAGACCGGGGGCGAGUUCAGCCCAGUUAUCUGCUUGAGUGAAUGUGGUCUCCUGUGAAUGGAAAUUUCCAAAUCUUUGACCGGUGUGUUUUCUUAAUUAAUUGCUUUAGUAAUUUCUUUUUUGUAUUUACAUGUGAGAUAAUGGUGCAGUUUUAAAUUAAAUACCAAUUUAACAA